CCGUUUGCAUGCACUUCACUUUCAGUUCAAGAAUGGCGGCGCCUGCCGCUUGUGGUUCACGCAGUAUGACAGGCAACAAUACGGGAAAACCCAAUAAAGAACGCAUAAGAAAAAGUAAGGACUCGCGGCGGCGCCAGGCAGCCUUGCUGUUUCUUAAAAACAUAUCUUUAGAUGGACGCCCCAUUUACGGUUUGGGUAACGGGAACCCCAGUCAAAGUGAACCCGAGUUCCGAGCUCUGGACGCCCCGGCAAUGGUGGCCGGUCUGCCGCGGUCUGCAACGAGUAGCUGUGCAGCCUUCAGCGACCUGUCACCCUCCGUGAGCGGGGGAGUCGCCACUCCCGGGACGAGGAUCGUGGUCGUCAACCAGGCGCCUAGUUAUGUUCCCUCUGCCGUGGCAGGCUUCAGUACUGCGUGCAGCAGCGAGGCGCUCUUGGAAGGGGGAAGACUCGCUCCGGGCUCCUCACAAGGGACGGUCCUUUCACUGUCUGGGAUACAAUCGAAUCCCCAUCUAACAACCAAUAAGUUGCCGGCGGCGCCGACGGCUCAAAGUGACACUAUCGCGUCGCUGGAUGCGCGGCAAAAGCUCCGUAAUCCAUCUGGCUCCCCAGGACCAAGGCCAGUGAAUAAGAUCCACUUCAUCAAGAGCAUGCGGCAGUAUGACAUUGGAGGCAGCAGGGUUGUGCUGAUCUGCGCCAAGCGCUCCCUGUGUGCUGCCCUCUCUGUCGUCCCAUACGGGCAAAGCCCCCAUCUCAGCAAUCUGAAACUGGAGGCAGACCGACAGCGCCACUCUUCAGGAGGGGCCACCGCAAGCCUGGAUGUAGCACCCACGCUCGAGGGUGUAGAGCUGGGUGCCUAUGGAAAGACGGUGUCAUACGCUCAGUUCCUUCUCCCCACCAAUGCCCUGAUGAGGUGCAAGAGCACCCCUGGGGAGACUGCCCGUAUCCAGAGAAGCCAUACCCCUGCCAGGUUCUCCUGCACCAUGGGUCAGGAUGUAGGCGCCGAUGACUUGACAGAGUAUGACCCCAACCUGCUGAGCGACCCUCGAUGGCCCUGCGGGAAGCACAAGCGUGUGCUCAUCUUUGCUUCCUAUAUGACCACAGUUAUUGAGUAUGUAAAACCAUCAGACCUCAAGAAGGACAUGAACGAGACUUUCAGGGAGAGAUUCCCUCACAUCAAGCUCACCCUCAGCAAGAUAAGAAGUCUGAAGCGGGAGAUGCGUACGGUGAGCGAGGAAUGCGGCCUGCAGCCGGUCACCGUGGCGAUGGCCUUUGUCUACUUUGAGAAGCUGGUGCUGCAAGGGCGCCUCAACAAGCAGAACCGCAAGCUGGUGGCGGCGGCCUGCGUGCUGCUGGCCGCCAAGAUCAGCAGCGACCUCCGCAAGCCAGAUGUGCGCCUGCUCAUUGACAAGUUGGAGGAGCGUUUCCGCAUUAACCGGCGCGAGCUCAUUGCGCUGGAAUUCACCGUGCUGGUGGCCCUGGAGAUGGCGCUCUACCUGCCGGACAGCAAGGUCAUGCCUCACUACCGCCGGCUGGCACAGCAGCCCUGAAACGUGGCCGGACACCUGCUCAGCAGACAUGCUGACUGCUCCUUCGGUUUGUGGCUCAAACAACCAUUUCUUUGAUCUCCCUUGACUCAUGGCCUUUUCUGAAAGCAAUAGACUAAAAGUGACAAUGAUGGGGACAGUGACAGCCACACGGACCCUGACUGAGCAGCGUCUGCUCUGACAGCUGUUCCCUCUUGUGCCAGUAGGUGCUGAAAUAGGCUCCUCCUUUUCCCACACUGGUACCAUGAUCUUCUAGUGCCGUAGGAAGACACGUCUAGCUCAGACACAUCUAGAUAACCAGCUGGUUUGUCCUGCUCUUCCAUAUAUAUGCUUUCUUCGGAAGUGAAAUUUUUGUCCUGUGUCAUUCUCGGUGCACAUGAACAUAAUUUUAUUGAGACAGAAAUGGUGGAAACCUGCACGUAAAAAAUUUGACUUUUUUUUGCCCUUUCAACGUGAGUAGUCAUUUUACUAAGAUAUAAAUAUGGUCUCUGCAGUCCUACUCAUUUAGACUGCUUUGUGUGUUAACUGAAAUCAGGAUCGGCGUACUCUGGGGAAUGAUUUGCAGCCUCAGAUGUGAAACACUUUUUAAAAGUAUCUCCAGCCUUAUUUUUUCGGACCUGACUCCAGGGUUGGCUUGGCAUUACGUUGCUCUACAUUAGAGAGAAUGCCAACAGGCAUAUUUUUGGUGCUGCUGUCUAGGGUAGCUGAAGUCCUAUGAACUGAUGAUGAUGGUACGAUCGCAGUUAUUUGAAAAUCUUUUGUAAAAUUUCCAUGUGUAUUUUUUUAAUGAGCAGAGUUUAAAAAAGUUAUGAUGUUUUUUCAUCAUGUGUGUUUUUUAUAUGUGACAGUGUUCUUGUUAAACUCUAAUAUGCUUUUUUGUUCUGCACAGUUUUAACCCACUCUGUGAUUUUGUUGACAUGUUACAGACGAUUUAAAAAUAAUAAUAAUGAUGAAUAGUAAUGUACUUUCUGAAAAUAAUGUGAAUCCAAUGUUUGUUCAUGGUAACGUUUUUGGGAAGUAUUUACCUGCAGAAAAAAAAUUCUGUCUGAAGAUUUUCUGUGACUAUGUGGUACGAUAGCAUAUGUGCUAUUAUUCUGAAAUGACCUUGAUUCAUCUUCUUCCUUUUUUAACUGAAACAUUACAUUAAGUACAAUUUACCAAGCAUGAUGCUACCCGUGAACCAUGUUUUGAUUUGGUCCUUGCUGAUUUCUUAUCAGUUAAGACUAUUUUAAUGUUCUUUGGGUGUGUGGGUGGGGGUGGGGGGGGGGGUCAAAACUGAAUGUCUUGUGGCAGUCAGCACAUUUCAUUGGCUUUUAUUUCAAAACCUUCAAUAGCCCCCCCCCCAAAAAAAAAAAAAAUAGGUUACAGACCUUGUUGGUUUAAUUACGUUUAAAUGCUAUUUAUUAUUACCUGAUAUCAAUUCCUGAAAUACUGAAAUAGUGGCUGAUAUCAGACUCUUGGAAACCCUUCUGUAGCACAGGUGAAUUUUUAAGCAUCAACACCAAUCCUUACAGAAGCAUUUUUUCUAUAUUGGAGCAUUUUAUAACAUUGGGGUCACAUACAGGUCGCCCUAGCUGGAUGGCUCAGUUAAGUGUGUUUGGCGGCGGGGGAGGGGUGAACAUAGGGAGUCACGAGAAAACAGUCACUGGCCCACACUGACUGCCUGACUUCUAAUACCCCUUGAAAUCUGAUGUCAUGUGAUGUUACUGAUUAUUUACAACUGAAAUGUUUACUGUAAAUAGGGUAGCAUCCUGCUGAUGUCUGAAUGCACACAUUCAGUGGCCACUCUGUUAUGUACACACAGCUAGUACUGGGUAGGACCUAUUGUUCCCUGCAGAACCACGUUAAGGGUAAUGCAUUCACUCAUGUUGUGCAUUCAUAGGAACCGUUCUGCACACCGUUCUUGUGCCGAGCUGUGAUCAGUGCCUGUCAAAGGCCAUCUGCAGCCCUAGGCAAGUUUUUAUGUUAUAUUUGUACUUGUGGUCUUCCUGUCAGCUUUAUAAGCUUGGCCGCUCUCCUCUGACCUCUCAUUAACAAGGCAUUGUGGCACCAUAAAUGCCAUUAACUGGACGUUUUUUUGGUUGCCGUGCCUUUCUGUUUAACCGAUGGACACUGCAGUAUGUGAAAAUCACAAGUGGCUGUUUUCUAGUUGCUGGAAAUACCAGGUCUGACACCAACAAUCAUACCCUGUGCAGAGUUGCUCAGAUCAGGUUCCAGUGCUGAGUCAAAUGGUAUGAGAACAUCUUGUCCCUGUCUGUGUUCUGUCUCUUGACGGUUACUGCCACAUGGUAACAUGCAGGUAUACCUGAUAAACUGCCCCCUCAGCGUAAGUAUCUUUGUGUUCCUUCUUCAUUUUCCAUUUCCAAAUUUCCCUCUGAGGAACAGAUUUAUGUAAAUGGAUUCCUGUUAGGUUGUAACUCCUGUCCUAUAUACAGCCAAAUGGAAGUCAACAAGGGCCUCCUUGCCUGAAUUACUCCCCACCCUGCAUACCUAUCUGGAAGCAGGCAUUCUGCUCUGAUUUAUAGUUGUGUGGGUCAAUGGCCAUUGCAUUACUGUCCUUUAUUCCCAUUCCAAAGAUGGAUCAGUGCCUAUAGACGUAACAAUCAGUUGAUGGCCCACCCAUACUCUCAGCCUUAGUUGCUAACCCAACCAAGCAAUAAAUUUGCUAAUGACACAUCCCCAAUGGCCGUGGGUUUUGAGACACUGUGAUUUUUUUAUAUAUUUGACCCUUUAAUUGUGAUGCUAAUAAACCUGUAGGAUUUUUCAUGUAUGGAAUAUCAUGGAUUUAAGGAAGACACGGAGAUGCUGAUGUAAUGUUGAAGGAUUUUUCAAUAGCAGGAUAUUUCUGGGCUUGUGGAUGAAUUUGUGUGUGUGUGUGGUUUUGUGAUGUAUGUAUUUCUGUGUAAUGUCGGUUUAAAACACCAGCUCUUCACAUCAACACAGGAGAUAAAAGAUGUAAUCAGUAGAACUCCCCAGGCAAAAAUGGAGUCAUACUGUCUCAGUGGUCAUUCCAAAGCACAAAUCUUUGAGGGCAGAUGGUAGUAUGAAUAUUGUGAACCAUGAUACUGUCAUGUUUGUAAAACAAAUGGACAAACAAAAUAAAAGGGACUUACAGAUUAAAUAAAAAUAAGUAUGUGUUUUUUUUUCUUUUACUUGUGUUUGACGUAUUUCUUUAGUUCAUAAGCUGUUAGUGUCCAAAGCCAUUUUUGCAAAUCUGACAUUAAUGUACAAUUGACUGAAAUGUUUUUCUUUGAGAAUAGUAAUUUUCCAAAUACAUUUUCUGACAAUUGAUUACUUGACUUACUGUUUUAUUUCAAAUCACUGGAACUCAUUUACACUUUAAAACAGUAUGUGUCCGUGAAGUUGUUUUUCUAUAAGUUUUUAUUUGUAUGAAAUGUAAUAAUUGGAUAAAGGAAAUGAAUUCCAAAAAUGAUGUUAGUUUUGUUUACUAUUGUAUAUCAGUGGAUGUGUUUGCAAGUACAUUAGUAUAAUCUGUAACCUGAAUGGAGAAAUUGCACUUUAUUUUCCAAAAACUUUGUUCUCUCAGCACGAAGACAUUUCUGUUACUUUUAUAUUCUUCAAUAAAAGACAACGAAAUUGUGCUAA